UUAAACACUAGCAAAAUGAUGAGCAAACUCAUAUUUCAAAACCUUCCUCAUAUAAUCUCCAUUUUAUUUAACUUUCUAUGGAAAAUCUUCGUCCUGAUCCGAGCGUUUAUAAGAAAUAAGCUCUCUACUUUAUCUGAGGUAAUGGAAUGGACUGCAUACACUUUACCCUUUUCAGAUCCCACUCUGUGGGAAUACACUGGGUAUAUUGUUGUUGUGGUAGUUAUUCUAUGGAAAAUCUUCUCCACAAUAAUCCCUAAGAUAACAAGUAAAUUUGUUACUACUAGAAACCAAAAAACAAAUAAAAUAUUACCUCCUGGUCCAAAACCAUGGCCUUUAGUUGGAAGCCUUCCUCAAAAGCUACUAAGUGAUAUGCAAGCAUUUGAAUGGAUACACAAACUUAUGGAGGAAAUGAACACUGAAAUCGCUUGCAUUCGUCUUGGCAAUGUCCAUGUCAUUCCUGUCACUUCUCCUGAGCUUGCUUGCCUCUUCUUGAAGGAGCAUGACUCGAUUUUCUCAUCGAGGCCUAUUUGCAUGUCUGCGAGUCUCGUUAGUAAUGGAUACUUGGCCUCAACAUUUGCCCCUAUGGGUGAUCAAUGGAUGAAAAUGAGAAGAGUACUUGCUUCACAUGUACUCUCACAAACAUCUCUUCAAUGGCUUCGUCCUAAAAGGGAUGAAGAAGCUGAUCACAUUCUUCGAUUCAUUUAUAAUCAGUGCAUUAACCAAAGUAGUACCCGUAUUAUUAACAUGAGGAAAUUGACAAGAUAUCAUUGUGCAAAUGUUAUUAAGAACAUGAUUUUUAGCAAGAGAUUGUUUGUAAACGAGGACGAGGACGAGAAGCAAGUUAAUGCACUUUUCAUACUUUUUGAAUAUUUCCAUUCUUUUGGUAUCUCUGAUUACUUACCAUGGUUAAGUGCUUUUGAUUUAGACGGCCACACGGCAAUUCUUAAGAAUGCCUUUGCCACAACAAGUAAAUACAUUAAUCAUGAAGUUGACAAGAGGAUUCAAAUGUGGAAGGAUGGUAACAAAUUUGUGGAAGAAGACAUCCUUGAUGUUUUUAUCAUGCUCAAAGAUACCAAUGGGAAUCCAUUGUUGAAUGUUAAAGAGAUUAAAGAUCAAGUCCUUGAAAUGAUGCUUGCUGCAAUAGAUAAUCCCUCAAAUGCAGUUGAAUGGACAAUGAGAGAAAUGUUGAACCAACCAAAUAUAAUGCAAAGGGCCAUAGAAGAGAUUGACACUAUCGUUGGGAGCAAUAGGUUGGUUCAAGAAACAGAGUUGCCACGGCUAAAUUAUGUGAAAGCUUGCAUUAAAGAGUCCUUUCGACUACAUCCAGUGGCCGCCUUUAACGCUCCACACGUGUCAACUAAUGAUGCUACUGUUGGUAAAUACUUCAUCCCUAAAGGGAGUUUAGUGUUAUUAAGUCGUCUUGGACUUGGUCGUAACCCUAGGGUUUGGGAGGAUCCAUUGAAGUUCAAGCCAGAGCGUCAUCUAUUAGGUGAUGGUGAAGUAGUUCUCACUGAUUCAGAGUUACGAAUGUUGUCAUUUAGUACUGGAAGACGAGGUUGUCCAGCUGUGAAACUUGGUUCUACUAUUACAACCAUGUUACUUGCUAGGCUUCUUCAAGGAUUUGCUUGGAGUUCACUACCAAAAUCUCCAUAUAGUAAUGAUGUUUUUGGAUGUUAUUCCUUGUGUAACAAGCCACUUCUUGCUCUAGCAAAACCCCGAUUAUCUAAGGACAUGUAUCCUUAAAGCUUGUCUGGAUGGUUGUUAGUUAUUGUAUUGUGUUGUAGUGUAUUAUUACUUUAUUAAAGAGUUAAUAACUCAAAUGGUCACUCAACUUUAGACUUUUAUCUUAGAAAGUCACUUAACUUUGGACUUUUAUCCUAGAAAGUCACUCAACUUUCACAUUUUUACGCAGAAAGUCACCCAAACUGGUGACUUUCUGAGUUAAAAUGUGAAAGUUGAGUGACUUUCUAAGUAAAAAUGUGAAAGUUGAGUGACUUUAUGAGUAAAGACGAAAGUUGAGUGACUUUCUGUGAUAAAAAUCCAAAGUUGAGUGACUCUCUGGAAUAAAAAAUCAAAGUUGAGUGACCAUUUAAGUUAUUAACUCCUUCAUUAAAUGCAAUGUAUGUUUGAUUUGAUUAUUACUUAAAUUCUAAUGUAUCGUAUCGUUAAAUGCAUUAUUUUGUAAUAAUAAAUAGUUUCAUUACAUAUUC